AUGGGCGCCAUGGCGUCACUACUCAUGGUUUUGGCCAGGGCAAAAGCUUCAUCCGCUUCCACUACCCUUUUGUUUCAAAAUGAUGGAAACUGGACGGCUCAUGCGGAGCGACCAAGCGGGCUGUUAGUGCAUUCUCCUGCCCGUCGCAAUCAAGCAGGAGCCAUAUGUGCCGAAUAUGGUGAGCAAUUGUUGGAUUGUGCCGAUGUCGGCGCCUUCCGCCAGUCCUUGCAGUACCAGCAGUACCUGGGCACAUUCUCCAACGACACACUGCUCUGGACUGCCUGCACCGCGCCUGUCGCUCUUACCGGCCAUCCGCUGAGUGAAAAUGCCUCGAGCAGCGACGAGUGGCCAUUUGUUUGCACCAACUCGGCCCCGCUAGUCGACCGGGUGGACACGGAUUACUCUUCCUUCCCUCGGGUCAAUGCCACGGCAGGCAACAUCACAUUCGAGGGGCUGCGCGACCAUCUCACCUUUCGCUUUGCUGGCCUACCUUUUGCUCAGCCACCGCUGGGUGCGCGGCGCUUCCAGUAUGCCGAAGCAUGGGAUGCAACCAAUGUCAGUUAUGUCAAUGCAACUCAAUAUAGCCCAGCUUGUUUGCAGUUUGGGUACUUUGAGGGGAACAGUUACGGACUGAACCCAUGGGGGAAUGAUGAGGACUGUCUCUACCUGAAUGUUUAUACCCCCUUCCUUCCGGGUGCCGAUGUGUCGGACGACCAACUGAAGCCCGUUCUCUUCUGGAUCCAUGGUGGUGGCUUCUCCCAGGGCACCGGCUCCGAUCUGACCUUUGACGGGGGGAGUCUGUCAUCGCGAUCAGACGUGGUUAUUGUCACAUCCAACUACCGGUUGAAUAUUUUCGGCUAUUUGUCGCUCGAUGAUGGAAUCAUACCCGGCAAUUACUGGAUGUCCGACAACAUCGCUGCCCUGCAGUGGGUGCAGCAGUAUAUCCGGGGGUUUGGAGGCAAUCCGAACAACGUCACAAUCUUUGGGCAGUCGGCUGGCGGAACCGACUGCAUUGAGCUUGUUGCUUCCCCGCAGGCUGCCGGACUGUUCCAGAGGGUCAUCCAGCAGUCCGCGGGCAACGGUCGUUUCAGCACUCAGAAGGCGAUCUCUGAGCUGGCGCAGCCGUAUAUCAGCCCGCACUGCAACGGAACCGGAGUUUCUCGGCUGGUAUGCCUGCAGGAGUUGCCCGCAUCGGUUCUGCUGAACGACAGUGCCGAUAUCUUCUUCACGCCCGUCAUCGACCCAAUGUAUUUGCCUGAUGCUCCCAUGGCACUCAUCGCUCAGGGUAGUUCCUACAUCAACUCAGUCCCAAUGAUGACCACAAUGAUGCCAGAGGAAACGCAGUCCCUCACGACGACGAUGCUCGCGCCCAAUAUGACUGACUUCCAGGCCGCACUAUAUUUGCUCGUCCCUGGGGGUUGGAUCAACCAGAACCAGGCAGACCACAUCAUUCCCUCGGGGCUUUGGUUGAUCAGCAAUGAGAGCUUCCACAACGGCUCGGUCUCAUAUCCGAGCGUGUACAACGCCAGUAUCAAGAUUUCGACGGAAAACAAUCAGGAGUGUCCGAACGGUGCUUAUGCCAUGGUGGGAGCUUCCACGGUCGCCUUUCCCAGCAUCCACGUAGCCUACCACCAACGAGGGUAUGCACUAUCCUACUAUGAUUUCUACGACCUAUGCACCUUCCCCGUUGGUAAACCAGACACCCCAUAUUAUCGGUGUCACUCGAGCGACCUGUACGAGGUAUUCGGGACCUACUACAUCUUUGAUCAGCCAAUCCGCGUCCAGGAGGACAUUUUCUACACCAACGCAGUGCAGGACAUGUGGGGUUCUUUUGCGCGUACUGGCAAUCCCAACGUGCCGACGGACUACUUGGCUGCGCGCGGAUACGAGUCGACGAUCGCCUUCUUUGCCGAUUGGCAUUGGCCCGAAUUCACAGCCUCGGAUAUGGUCCUAGCGAAUCUACAAUACCCAGAACCGGGGUAUACAAAUGUGCCUGAUCUGGCGCAUUGCCGAUAUUUAGCCAAGGUUCAAUACUAG